GGGAAAAUCAUAAGUGAUCUCAUGUGAAAGCGUCCACGCAUUUCAGAAUCGAGAGAAAACAGAGAGAGAGAGGGAGAGAGAGAAUGGAAUUGGAAGCAGUGAAGAAAUACCUGGAGAAAGGAGGAGACAAGAGCGCAUCAAUCGAUGGACUGCCUGCCAAAUUCUUCGAACGCUUCACCAUGGAAGGCGUUCGUGUCGAUCUCAUCGAACCCGGCCGUCUCAUUUGCUCCUUUAAGGUCCCCACUCGUUUAGUGAACACCGGUAAUUUUUUACAUGGUGGAGCAACGGCAACGCUGGUGGACUUAGUGGGGUCAGCUGUGAUAUUCACUGUUGGAACUCCAGUAACCGGAGUUUCGGUGGAGAUCAAUGUUUCAUACUUGGAUGCUGCUUAUGUUGAUGAGGAAAUUGAGGUUGAGGCUAGGGCUUUACGUGUUGGGAAGGCAGUUGGAGUUGUCAGCGUCGAGUUGAGGAAGAAGAAGACUGGCAAAAUAAUUGCCCAGGGGCGUCAUACUAAGUACCUUCAUGUCGCUAAUGGAUCUCAUUAGAAGUUGCAUGGAUUUUUUGGAAGUAGGUACUUGAAGCAUGAAGAGGCUGAGUACAAUGUUUGGAAAUUAGUUAGAACUGCGAGCAUACAAUAACACAUGAUUUGAUUUGUAUUAGCAAAUAAGGACUACAAAUUCUGUGGAUGAUCAGGCCAAGCCAAUUGAGAGGGAUUGAAUAUUCCACCCA